AUGGUGUACUACUUCACCUCCAACGUCGUUGAGCCCUCCGGCUUCAUCUACGUCGGCAAAGACAAGUUUGAGAAUGAGGACUUGAUAAAGUACGGCUGGGAGGAAGAUGUCUGCGCGCACAUCUACCUCCGCAUGCAGGAGGGCCAGACCUGGGACAACCUGCCCGAGGACCUCGUGACGGACCUCGCGCAGCUCACCAAGGCCAACUCCAUUGAGGGUAACAAAAAGGACAACAUCACCAUCAUCUACACGCCAUGGUCCAACCUCAAAAAGGACGGCAGCAUGGACGUCGGCCAGGUCAAGCGCGUGCUCGUCCCGCAGCGCGAGAACCCCAUCGUCAACCGCCUCAACAAGACAAAGGUCGAGAAGAAGCCCGAUCUCAAACAGGAGCGUGACGACCGCCUCAAGGAGCUGCGCCGGCGCGACCAGGCCGAGAUGCUGCAGAGGAGAAAAGAAGAGGCUAGGCAGGCACAAGAGUGGAAGGAAAAGAAGUGGCAGAAGGACCACGCCUACGACGAGCUCUUCACCGAGGAGAACAUGGCUGCGACGAGCAACCAGGACCGCGCCGAGAACUGGGAGGACGACUUCAUGUGA